AGUGCGGCGGCGGCGGCGACGGGGCCCAACGGCGAGAAGCGGUCGGAAGAAUGGCGUCCGAUAACGAAGCCUCUUGCGCGAGUGACCCAAAUUUCGCGGUGAUCUGCUCGUUUCUCGGCUGCUUCGGCAAGUCCUGCGGCAUCAUCUAUCCGGACAUCGCUCGGCUCCAGGAGAUGCUCGAGAACACGCAGGAAGUGUCACAAGAAUUAAUAGAUCUGCACAUCAAGUUGUUACGAAAAACGCGUAAAACUGUGUCACCAGAAAAGUGGGAAAGAGCGCUAGUCAAGUUUUGCCACACGUACUCUAAUCAGGAUGGAUGGGAACUUGAACGUUUUGGUUACAAGAAAGCUCGCGUUGCUGUUAAACUGCGUUUACUUAAAGUAUUAUUGGAAACACAAUUUGACUUAAAUCAAAAGUUUAAGAAUGAAGUAAACAAAUUGGCAGCUCACGAGUUACGUGUGGAACCUUUAGGAAGGGACAAAAGUGGAUUAGCAUACUGGUGUCAGCUGGACGAAGAGUGCAACAUAAGAGUUUAUAGGGAAGAUUUAGAUGAAGAGAAUUGGGAAUUAGUAGCUAAUGCAUACUAUGUUAUUUAUACUAGGGAUCGAGAAGGUGUUGUUAAUCUCAUAAAUAUCUUAUCAAAUGGCGAAAUCGGAGCUAUACCAAUUAAUGAGGAUAGCAACAGCUUAGAAAUUUCUGAGAAACCUAUAAUUGAUACUGGACAACUAACAACGUCUCCAAGCUUAGAAGACGAAGUUGGGCAAGAAAACGUCGACGAGAUGAAACAGCUACCAAACGGUAGAAGCGAAUUUGAGGAUGAACGAGAACAUGAUCAAAAUCAUGUUCAAAAUGAUAUCAUUAAUGAAGCCGAAAAAGAGGAAGAAGAAGUUGACGAAGAAGAAGAUAUUGAUGCGGAAGAGGAGGAUAUGACGAAUGAUGAAAGUUCCAAGCAAAUUACGGAGGAAGACGAUUCUCAAGAAAUGAUACAAACUCCGAGCAUAGAAUCAAGAUGUAUAAACGAUUCAUCUUUGGCAACUAAUUUAAAAGCACUACAUACGAAAGUGGACGCAACAUCGGAAGAUGUGAGUCAUAGAGAGGCUACUGACGAAACGUCUGCUUCAUUGAUAUCAGAAAGCAAACCUUCGAUUAUUCAUAAACAGAUCGGUAUUACGAAAGCCGAAAUUGAAGAAUCGGCACCAUUAAAAUCUAUAGAAACGCCUGUUAUUACUUCAUCUCCAUUGAAACUGGUAAAUAUUGCAGAAUUGAAACAAUCACAGGAAGAAAAGUUAGUAAGUCCAACAUCUGUCAUCGCGCCCUUAACUACAGCGAUGAAACAUGGUGCUCCCGACGAGAUAAUGGAUCCUGUCAUCAAGUCCCACGAGAAAUUGCCUAGUAAAAACAGUCUAGCUUUCUCGUCUGCGGAUUCUAUUGCUAUGGGGCACAGCAAACUAUCUGUUAAACCAAUCGACCAGUUAGCUGCGAAUCUUGUGAGGAUACAGUCAGAAAAAUUGGAGAAACCAGGCGGACCGAAGUCGCUAGAAAAGAUAGCGGAAUCUCUAGCAAGAUCCAGUGGUAUGUUGGGAAAUAUGAUAAAUGGAGAGGAUGACAGGCUGCCACAAGAUUUUUGCGCGAGAAAUCAAUCCGAAAAGUCUGCACACAGGAGUCACAGAGGUAUAGAUUUGUCAACGUCACCACGUGGUUGGGAAAACGCAAAUGAGCAAAACAGACCAGUGGAUUUCUCUGGAAUCGAUCUUUCUAGUCGAAAAUUGGGAAAAACAAUGGAUCUACCUUCUCCUGGCUAUAGGACACAAGAUUUUCAACAUCGAGAAAUGGAUUUGAGUACGAAGAAGGUGAGCAAACCAGAAGUGUCGAAUCUGCCAUACGAUGCGCGUAGCGUGAUGUUACGUAAUCACGUGAUGGUCGCUGAUUUGAGCAAGAGACAAAUGCCAUUCAGCGCAUACGAGACACCGUACCAUAAUACAGCUAGAUUACCUGCCAAGGAUGAGCAUAGAUUACCAAGCUAUGCGAUACUUUCUGAUCCCAGCAAGAUAACGGCGUUGAGGAUGAACAACGCACCUUUGAAACGCCCUCUAGAAGAUGACGAUAUGCAGCAAGAUAUGCUGAAGAGGAUAAGGGCAGAUGUAAUUCCAAUCAGAGGCUCGAUAGACAAGAGACCGAUGAUGAGUGGCAACUGGAGAGACGAGGUAAGUGAGGCUAUCGAGGAGCCUAUAAUGAUGGUUCAAGGCGAGGGAUCUGGCAGCGAUUGCGACGCAGUGAAUCCCAUUGUCGGAGAGGCUAUAGAGGAACCAAUGGCUUUUUUCUACGGCGAAGGUUCCGGCGCGGAGUGUGAUACGGGAAAUCCCGGUGACGAUGCGCCGACUGACAAUAAAGAAAGCAACGAAUCAAAAACUGAACCUGACUCAGCUACCACAGCAUUAUCGCAGAAUAAAGUUUUAACCGAGGACGAGGUAUCUACGGGUUCGAUACUCUCGAACAAAACCCCUGUAAAAUUAAAUAGAAACUAUUCGCAGUCUAAUGUAAGCGUAAACGAUAAUUAUCAAAUAGUAGAUUCUAUGCAAGAGAAGCCAAAGUUCAAGCAUACAUUAGGCGUUCAGAUAAUACCUAAAAGUACAACCGGUUCUGUCAAAAGGGUGUCCAGAUGGGACGUGGGAAAACCAGAAGAGAAAACAGAAUGUGACAGUAGUAUCAUAUCAAACGAAGGAGACAUAUCACUGAAGAAGAGUACAGAUGAUCGCGAGCACGACACCUUGAAAGAGAAACUGUUGAGUACUGAUGCUGAAUCAACUAAAACUGGAUACGAAAAUUCCGCCGAUGUGAAGCAAGGCAUUAAAGUAGAUGACAUUGUAAACGUAGGCAGCGAAGCCAUCGAAGAUAGUGUUAGAUUGCAAGUGUCCGAUGUAAGUUCGGAAAAUACAAGUACAAUGAAACAAGAAAGAGACUUUGAACUUCAAGAGCCCGUACAGUGCGACUCGUCGAUAUCAUUAUGUCAAGCGGACACUUUACAGGAGCCCGAAUCAUGUACAAAGUCUGAACCUACGACAGAUUCAACCAGUGCACAAAAUUUGUCGGAUUCGAGUAGCGUGGUUUCGCACGAACCGGAUACUCUCGAAAUAACGAAUAACGAAUGCAAACAAACGACCGAAUCUCCACCGAGAUUUUUUUUUGGUCCCAAUUGCAUCUCUUAUACGUCGAAAUCCGAUGAAUUAGAAUCUCAGGCGGAUCAAAGCCUGACCACAUCUGUUCACGAUAAAACGGAUACUGUGCAAUACGAAUGCGUAUCUUCGUCAAAACCAGCGGAUGAUGCAGUUUAUUCGUACAAGACGCAAAAUUUUGACUUGACGCAAACAAACAAUAAUUCAUUGAAAUCGGAUCUGUUUACUUCAGAAGCUGACGACGUUUUAUGUGGAAAUAAUAGCAAAGACAUUGAAAAAGUUGAAGCGCCAAGUAACACAUGGGAUCAAACGAAGGAAGAAUCUUCGGCACCCAAUAGUUCGAUAGAUCCAAGUAGUAUAUCCGAGUGCAAUUCAUCUCUCGCGCAAGUUCAAGUAGAGACAAACAAAGAGUUAAGUGUAGAAGAAUCCGUUUGUGCUGAUAAAGAAGUAAAAGAAGAUGACUUCUCUAAAUCGCAUACAAGUCCUACGUCAGAGGUGAUAACUGGAAAUGAAAAUGUUAAUGAUAUAAGCAUGACUGAAGAAGAUCCCAUUAAAAUCAGUUCAAACAGCAAGCCUGACAUUCAGACAGCAGAAUGUAACACGAUUGAAUUACUGCAUUGCGAUCAAUCCACUGAUUCUGGAAAUCUCUCUCUAAGUACAGAGACUCUGGAACAUUCUUUUAAAGGAUCGGACGAUGUUACAUUGCAACUAUUGGAUGAUAAAAAGAAUAGAGAUGAAAAACCAUUAGUCGAUGACUCUAAAAACGACUAUCACUCGGAUGAUACAAACGUUUCCAAAGAAGAGCAAAACAGAAUUGAAUCCGAGACAACGGCGCAUUCGUCUUUAUCGCCACUUACGCAAAAUUCGCAAGCAGAGCUGGCCGAUCUCAGAGAAUUUGAGGACGUUAACAAUUCGAACGAGCCAUUAGAUUCUACGAAUGCAGUGGAGUCUGUGAAUUAUCAGGAAGCAAACAGGCUUGAGAAGACCGAUCUGGAUUCCAUUGGAGAAAGCUGCGACAAGCAGAGUGAUAAGAAUGAUAAUUUCUCCGAAAUUGAUGGCCAAGAGGAUCAUUCAACUGACACGGACAACGAAAAGAUGAAAGGUCUGGCCGGUUCCGACGCCGAUUCGUUAUGCGUUAAUUACGACAAGAACAGCGAAAGAACUGAUGCGUUAUCAGAUGUGGGAGCCCAAGACGAUGGAUCAGGUGAUUCUGAAGAAAUUAAAGACAAAGGAUUGAACGAUGUGCAAGUUAACGAUACAGUGUUUGGUAUAGAAACACAUCUUCCCGAAAAUUCUGUGGUGACCAGUUCGGAAUCUGUUCAAGAAAGUGAUAAACACAAUGUAGUUCCUAUUAUAAGCAGUUCAGACGAUGCCUCUGCACAUGACUCUUCAUCUCAGGAAAGUGAACCUGUGCGAAUAGAUGAUGAAAAAAUUGAAAAUAUUUCGUCUGACACUGUCGAUAAGCCUUCUACAUUUAACAUUUCGCCUGCAACGGUGCCUGAAACAAAUAAUUUCGAACUGUGCAAGUCCGAUAUUGUGGAAACAGUAAAAGAAACAAGCUUGUCUAACUUAGUUCAGUCUACAAGCGAAUUCGUUGACAUUGCUUCUGAAAAUCCUAGUUCUUGCAUUGAUCAAGAUUCGAAUGAGGAAAUGGUUAUAGAUGAUCGUGUGUCUGAAUCGAAUGAAUCGUUUAAAGAAAUUAAGGAAACUGCAACGAAUAACGAACAACCAAGAGAUACAACGCUAAAAGAUACAACACAAGAAAUAUCAAUAGAAUUUGAAAAAGAAACUCCAGCCCAUAUUAAACAUGAACCUUGUCAGUCUGAGACUGACUUGUCAGCGAUAGAAGCUGAAGAAAAAGAGAAAUCUGAAAUUGAUACAGAGAGUAAAUCCGAUAAUAAUUUUGAAGAAUUGACUACAAAAGUUGAAAAUAAAACUUGUAAUACCGAUAAACUAGAUGCGAUGGUUAUAGACGAUGUUUGUAAAAUUAAUACAAGUGAAGACGUCACCGAAAACGUGGAAGAAUCGGAGAUUAAUACAACAAUUAUAAUUGCUAAACAAUCGGAGACAGAUACAACAUCUAUAAUUGCUGAACAAUUAGAGAUAGAUACAACUAUAACUGCUGAACAAUCGGAGACAGUUGCAACAUCUAUAACUGCUGAACAAUCGGAAAUAGAUACAACUAUAACUACUGAACAAUCGAAGAUAGAUACAACCAUAACUGUUGAACAAUCGAAGAUAGAUAUAACUACAACUGUUGAACAAUCGGAGAUAGAUACAACAGCUACAACAGCUGAACAAUCGGAGAUAGAUACAACUACAACUAUUGAACAAUCAGAGAUAGAUACAACAUCUACAACUGCUGAACAACCGGAGAUAGAUACAACAACUACAACUGCUGAACAAUCGGAGAUAAAUACAACUAUAACUGCUGAACAAUCGGAGAUAGAUACAACAACUACAACUACUGAACAAUCGGAGAUAGAUACAACAACUAUAAUUGCUGAACAGUUGGAAACAGAUACAGCUACCACUACUGAACAAUCGGAGACAAAUGCUGUAGAGGUAAUUUCUCAGGAAUCACAAGUGAAAGUAGCGUCAUUAGUUGCGAAUUAUGAUAGCGAUUCCAAUGAUAAUGUUAGCAACGAUGUUUUCGAACCUGAUGUGACGCAAAUAAGCGAUUUUAAAAAUGAUGAUGUCGCUCCGAUAGAGCAAAAAGUGCAUGAAGAGCAGUUUGAAAAGUUACUUGUUAAAGAAGAGAAAAUUGACAGCACAAAUUUAAUCUCUGAUACGCCUCAAAAGUUAGCGUCUGCCGAGCAACAGUUAAAACAGUCAGAAACAAAAAUUGAUGAAAUAUUAAAUGAAGAUGCAACUGUAACUGUAGAGCAAGAAGUUAAAAUUAAAGAACAAGAGUGUGCCGAUGAAAAAACUGUUUGCAAUAACAUUGAAUAUCAUUUAAAUGAUCAGACAACAAUACCUUUAAAUAAGGAUGAACUUCAAGAAGAAACAGAUAUUCACAAUAUUUCUGUUACUGACAAUUCUAAAAUAUCGGAAAUGUCAGAUGCGAUAGAACUUUCAGAAACUCCAGACACAACUAAGGAGAUAAUUGAACCUCUUCAGAGUAAGACUUUUGAAAUGACUAUCGACCAUAGCGAGAAAAAUAAGGAAUAUCUCAAUAAUUCAAUUGAUAAUAUAAAGGCAGUACAAGACACUGAAAAUGUUAUUGACACAACGGAAGAAGCGGAUUGUCUAUCUGAAAAUGUUUGCGAUUUCAGUGAAAGCGACGCGAAUAAAACCGCAAGGAUUUCGUUUAGUCGAGAAAGCACGGAAUUUAACGCUACAGACAAUCAAGUGACUAGUGUGUUUCACACAAUAGAGCAAACGAAAAAUGUGGACGAGAAAUUGAACGUCAUUUCGGAUACCGAAAAUAUCGCAAAAUUAAAAAAUGUAAACGAAUUUGUUACUGAGGAAUUGCCUGUUCCGUGCAAAAGAUUUAAAGAAGAUCUCACUGACUGUGGUAAUAAAGACAAUAAGUGGGAUAUGAAGUUGCAAGAAGAGCGUUUACCACCGAUUAAAACAGAAACGGAUGUUAUACCAGCGAAACUGGAUAAUGCUUUAGAUGAAGAUAAAUUACACACUUGGAAAACUGAGGGUGCGAAUUUAGAAGGAAGUGCAUCUUCGGACUUGUAUUAUUUGAAUUCGUUGUCUACGAAGAUGGACAAUGUUAAUAAUUUGGACAGCUGCAACAAUCAAAAUGAGCCUUUUAGUAUAAACAUGAAUGUAAAUAAGAUUGCGGAAAACUUUGAUAAGAACGCGCCUUCAAAUGUGAAUAAUGAAUCGACGAUAUUUCCUGUUCAGGAGAUUAUUUCAGAAAUUGAUACUGUAAAGUCUGAUGCCAAGAAAGAAGCCAGUAAGAGGCUGAUCGAUGCCUCGGAUGUAGAAGAUGUUCCUCCAUUAAAGUCUAAGCCUGUGUACUUGGAAACCGAUGAUAAGACACUGGAAAACUUAUCAAGUUCCGAUGUAUCAAUCGUUAAGACUUUGGAUACAUCUAACGAAGUCGAAAAAUUGAAGCCACAAAUCAAGGAGGAAACGAAAGCACCAAUGAUCUCCACAACGCAGUUGUUUCAAAACGAUUACAGUACGGUAAAUGAUUCCACGGCUGUUGCACCGAUAGAGGAUUCGAAGAAGAUUGAGGUAGAAACUAUAGAAAGUAUAGAAAGUAAAGAAUCUUUAGAAAUUCCAGAUAUCGAAAUGAAAGAAAUUCCAGCAGCUUCUGACGAUUCAACAGGCGUUGAUAACGAAAGUGUCUUUAAUGUACCGGAAGAGACAGAUCCUUUAGCAUGUACCGAUGACGACUUGAAAAAUAUUACCGAGGAUGUGUCUGACACUUCUAAGAUAAGUAUUCGCCUAAAGCCGGCAACCGAUUUUGUUUAUGAGGGAUGGAAAUUGGACAGCACUACGGAACCGCCAAAAGUUUCUCGAAAGCGACGAAGCACCACUCAAACUGAAUCGAAUUUCAAGGAUGGAGCGGCGAAACAAGAAGAAGAAAUGGGCGGUAAAAGGAUGAAGUUGCGUGCAAAACGUGUGCCUGAUAAAGAAUUACGAAAGUCCAUCGAGGAAAGUCGUGGAGUCGCGGUGAGCUCAGAGGACGAGGCUGUGAAAUGCGAUCCCGAUAACGUAACGGAGCAUGCGAAUAAAGAUGGCAACGACGAUCCGAAUAUGAUACAAGCGAUCGACAAAAAGAUCAGAGGUCGUCCUAGGGGUAGACGGAGGCGUGGUUUUCGGGGUGGUGGACGUCCCAGUCGACCAAAGCACACGGAAUUUCAAGGCGAUCAGGCUAAUGUUCAUCCUGAUGGAACAUCUAUCGACAAUUUAAAUACAACGCAGAAGAAACGGAAAAAACGAAAAAUGGUCUUGGGUUUAGAAAUAGGCAGAGAUAUCUCGUUGGAUUCGGAAACACCAGCGUCAGUACAGGAUGAAACGCCUGUCAGGCAAUCAAGAAGAAUAGCACAGUUAAAAAUAAAAGAGCAAGCGGACAGGCGCAGAAUCGAGGAGGAAACUAUGCGUGACAUAGAAGACAAAAAGGAAUCAGAGAAGAAAAAGAGAAAGAAACAAAAGCCGGAAAGCGAAGAGGAAGUUAUUAUAAAGGAAAUUGAAAAAGAGAAAAAAUCUAAGAAGAAACGUCGAAAGAGGAAGAAAAAGAAGAUGCUUGCCAAAUUUAAUGAAGCGAACCCAUGGCAGAGCUCAUCCGGAUCUAGUAGUGACGAAGAAAAUGAGAAUGAGGACGAGGAAGAGGAAGAGGAAGAUAUAGAAAGUGAGGGAUCCUUGCUGUUUAAAAGUGAUCAUGAAUUUUCUCCGGAGAGCGAUCUUGAGAAGGAUCAAGAAUCUGAACCAUUAAGACGUGCUAGAACAGCACAGAAAGCCCAAAAUGAAGUCGAGGAAGCCGAGGAUGAAUAUGCCUGUCAAAAAUGUGGCAAGGCUGAUCAUCCUGAAUGGAUUCUUCUGUGCGACUCUUGUGAUAAGGGUUGGCAUUGCUCGUGCCUCAAACCUGCUCUUAUGCUUAUACCUGAAGGCGACUGGUUUUGUCCACCGUGUGAACAUACUUUAUUGAUGACUAAAUUACGGGAGACUGUGAAAACAUUGGAUCAGUCAACAAAAAGACAUGAGAAUGAAGUACUGCGGAAGAAGCGAUUGGCUUUUGUUGGCAUAAGUCUUGAUAAUGUAAUACUUCAUAAAGGUGAAGGACAACACGGGUCAAAAGGAUCGCAAACGUCCAGUCAAGAAUCAGACAACGAAUCUUCAGAAUCAUCUUCAUCGGCCUCCAGUUCCGAAACAUCGAGUAGCGAAGAAAGUGAGGCAGUUUAUCAUUUACGAGAACGUCGAUGUGCCAGCAUUUAUAAAUUCAAUGAAUAUGAUGAUAUGAUUAACGCUGCCAUUCAAGAUGAGGUUGAAGCGGUCCAAGGUGCCGGCAAUCAGGGAAGGGGCAAGGACAUUGCAACGAUAGUCAAUGCCGAAAAGGAAGAGGCACAGGCUGAAGCGUUAAAAAUGACACAAUUAGAAGAGGACAAAGAUGAGAUAGAAUCAAAGCCGGAAAAAGAAAGUGACGAGGAAUAUAAGAUUGAGAAUGAAGAGAUAAUUGAUGAAAUAGAAGAAGAACAAAAUAUAGUUGCUAGAAAAUUACUAGCACGUAAGAAACAUCGGAAACUGAAUAGCCUCGACAUAAGUAGUGAAGACGAUCCAGAUAGUGAUGAAGAUUUCAAGGGUACGAGCUCCGAAGACGAAGAGGACUUCGAUGAUCAUAUUUCAUCGUCCGAUGACAGCUUUGAUAUAAAACGACGUGGUAGAAAGGGUGAUUCGCGCCCUGUUAGAAGAUCUACCAGGGCGCGCAUGACUAAGGCUUACGAUGAGGAUUUUAUUAAUGAUGAUAGUGACGAGAGUGAUCGGCCAAAGAGAAAAAAAUCACGACAUGCUUGGGGAGAUUCAGAUAGCGAAGACAGCGAUAACUCGUGGAGACAGAAAAAGAAAAAAAGUAGAACAAUACCAACAUCUAGAGUCAGGACAGUACUUAAAACAAAGGGCAAGAAGAAAAAAAAGAGAAAACGUAUAAUUGAAUCUGAUAAUCAGAGUGAGAACGAAGAAGACGAUGAGCCGAAAGUUGAAGAACAAUGUGAACCUAAUUUGCAAGAUUUCAAUACCACUCUAAACGAAAUGAUGGAUGUUAAUAAACAGGAGAAUUUUGAAACUUCUAUAGGCGAAGACAAUGUUGAAAUAAAAGAGGAUGAAUUACAAGAAGCACCACCAGAAGUAGAAGCAGAAGUAGUACCAGCUUCAGAUGUCCCGAUUCCACAAAUUCCACAGCCAUCAGAAACAGCGCCGAUCCAGAAAAUAAAAAAAGACAUUGUGCCUAAACCGAAAAAGGCUCCUGCUAUUAGACGAAAAAUUAUUUAUGGCGCACUUCCGGAUGAAAAUAAACAAGAAGAAGAGGAAAUAUUAGGUAGACGGACUCGAGGACGAAAAAUCAAUUAUAGAGAGGAAAUGGCGUCAGAUAGUGAAGAGGAGCUGAAAAAAGCGUUAAUGAUGAGAAAGACUGGCGAAAGCGAAGAUGAAUUUGUGGUAAACGAGGCCGACGAUAUGAAUGAUGAUGGGGAAAAAGAUUCUGAUUCAGGUGAUGUUUAUAUCCCUAAGAAAGAUGCCCUAAAAUUUAAAAAGUCACCGAAGACAAAAAAGGCACGUAAUAGCAAGAGCCCUGGAGCGAAACGUAAAUCGUUAUCUGAUGACUUACCAAAACAAAGAAAAAAACCUGGACCAAAGCCCGGAAGCAAAAAUAGAGGACGUAAACCAAAACUGAGGGAUGACAUGGACGGAGAUAUGAUUGGCGCAGUUAUGGAUAAUCCUAUUGGCGAUAUAACAUCUAAAAUGGAUGAAAAUUUUCCAGAUAAUGUUGGGCUGACAGGUACGUCGAUGUCAGUAGCGAGUUCGUUUGCUGGAGAUGUUCCUGAAGGUUCGCUGCCAGGUCUUGGUGCCGGCGAGCUGGCCGACUUAGACGAGGAGCAGCUUGAACAAAUGAUGGAUGAAGAAUAUGGACGGCGACAAUUAGAGCUCGCGGCAAUCGAGAUAGCGAAGAAAAAGAAAAAGGAGGAGCGAGAAGCCAAGAAGAUGGAAAAAGCGCGUCAGAAGGCCCUAGAGAUAUUGGCUGCGGAGAGACAGAGGGAUCCUAAUGCACCUGAAGGAACGGACGGUGAAGUACCCAAGAAGAAGAAGCGUGGACGUCGUAGCAAGGCUGAGAUACUCGCUGAACAAAUGCGCAGGGAUGGCGCGCCAAAUCUGGGUAUUGCAUCGGCAGCGGCCAUUAGUACGGAUGGCAUGUCACAUAACAUGAAUCCUGUCACCUUAUCUACAGGUCUGACACCGGAAACUGACAGAAGCCUCGAAGGGGGACACAUGCCUCUUAUGACUGGACCGGAUGGACAACUUUUUAAUCCGGAUGGUACACCGAUAAAACCAAAACGACGAGGUCGCGGCAAAGGUAAAAAGACUCUCGCGAUGGAGGCGGCUAGAGCCGCGGAAGCGGCGGCUAAGGCUGCGAGCGAAGCUGGUUUAAUCGGCAUGGGUACCGACUCGAACUCGGACAUGAAACAGAACGAUGUACCAAACAUUCUUCCUACACCAGGUAGCAGUACGUCUGGCUCGGCGCCUUCUACACCACCAGCGAGUGCCGUGCCGACACCGGGUCCUCCGUCGACGCAAUCGUCAAACUCACAAUCGGUUUAUCCAUCACUACCACCCGGUCAACAGUCUUCCGUCAUCACGAGAAUGCUUCAGUCCCAACCGGUGUCUAGCACACCGCAGUCAUUCACGGCGGCGGCGGCUGCAAUGGGUCACAAGUAUUUUGGCGGACCUAACGCUGGCGGACAGAUGAUGGGCGGUCCGCGAACGGGAUACGAGAUGCAGCCACGUGCCAGGAUCCCGUCCCCUUAUAGGCAGGCGGGUCAAUCGACCAUGCCACCGCAUUUCGCUGCAGUUAGAUCGGGCACGCCACCAAUGCGUAUGCGAGUACCUGGGCCACAAAUGUAUCAUACGCCACACCAUCCAAUGGAUCCGUCUCCAUCAGGCGGCGGACCGAUCUCCAUUAAUAGGGAUCGUAGUUCACCCUUGACGCCCGGCGGACCGGCGAUGAUUCCACCAUCGGCCGGUAGUCCAUUGGCUAAAGGUGGCCCAACGCCGCCACCUCCGCCAUAUGUGCGGGGUGGUCCGCCAUUGGCUAGGUUUGCCGAGAAUCCUAUGGGACCUAGGCAUCAAAUGCCACCAUUUACCAAUGCUUCACCCGUAAAUCACAAUAUGCAACAACCUUCGCCACCUCCCAAUCGACCGCCUGGUAAUUUUUCACCGUAUCACCCGCCUCCACCUCCUAACUAUCACUACGGUGCCUACCCGCCGCCUCCGCCAAUGUCCACGGCGGACGACGCAGCUGCCUACCAGAGUUCGCCGUAUCCCUCGGAGCAUUUCUCUUCGCCAGCAGACAACCAACCGCCGAUUCAAGGACCGCCACCGCCUCAGGGGCCACCGCAGCAAGGGCAUCCGAACGAUGAAGAUCACGGCACCGGCGAAUUUGGCGGGCUGGUAUCUUACUUCAGUAGCCAGAGAGAGGACGAUCUUGAUUCGUAGCAUGAGUGAGAGCUUGGCCAACCCUGAAUCAUUAGGUAGGGGUGAGCGUGUGCCCAGGUAAGACCGCAACUUUUGCUACAGAGGAAAAAGCGGUAACGCAGAUGCGAGUAGAGUACGCGUCAUACUUUGGAUGAUCUAACUUUUCAAGGGUAUUAGUGUGUGAAAAAUAAAACUAUAGUGUCUUCCUCUUCGACCUCUAAAGCAAAGUUGUUCUGUAAUCCUUGCACUUCUUAUGCCGCCAGAGGCAAAUCUAAGGUUGGCCAAGUAUAGAGCGAACGGAAUGAUAAACAUAGGGCGGAACCUAUUUUCUAAGAGUUGUAAGUUUUUCUGUAAUUAGUUUUCAGUUUAAUUGGAUUUGUAUACAACGGCGUACGAUUGCAAAACUCUAACGGUAGUGAACAUAUAGCGGUCGUUUCGUCUGAGAGAUAAUGAGGCGAAAGAUCUGAACCAUUAUUCCUUAUUAUAAUCCGCCAAUGAAAAGUCAAGCGAAGUUAUUUCUAGAGAGGCGAGAAUGAAGUACUCAUUCUUUGCAAAAAAGUGGCGUGUCCUAUGAAAGAAAAUGAGAAAUUGAUCUUUCAUAAUGACAAAAAAGGAAUAAAAAUUAUCGAGUGGUUUUAAACGACAAAUCGUUAUUAACGUGUACAUAUUGUAAAUAUCCCAUAUAAGUCCUUUAGAUUAUAUAUAAAUAAAAAAAAAUAUAUAUAUAUAUAUUACAUGUAUUAUAUAUAAACACAACACACGUGCAGUCAUGCAGAAUACUAUAAAAAUGGAUUAGUGCGGAAAGGGCACAAAUGUAAUAUUUAAAUUUAAUUCAAAAGAAUGACAUCUGAAUAUAAUAAAUUAACAAAUGGUGUGAAAACUAUUACUAUAAUUAUUUAUAAAGAAAAAGAUUAAGAAUUUAUGAUAGGCAGUAUAUUGUAUUUUACAAAUUUUACUUGAUAAUUCUAUGAGAAACCAUUAAAUAUAGUUAUAUUGGAGAACAGGAGGCUGCUUUAAGUGUAUCCUAUGUGAAUAAUAAAUAGAAUGGAUUUUAACAAAACCAGCAGUUAGCGUAAUUAGCGAUGCAUGCAUCAUCAAAAAUUUUACGUCAUAGCAUGCAAUUAUUGAUGUUAUCCUACAUACAUAUGAUUUUGAUUUAAUCAAAAUUACUUAUUACAUGUACAUAUAUUGUUGUUUAUAUAAUUAUAUAUUUUUUAUGUAAUCAUGUAAUAUAAUUCUAAUUAUAUAAUAUAAUUAUAUAAAUAAUAAUUGUGUUAUAGAAUGAUUGUUUUUUGAAAUAAUUUUGAUUUGAAAUUAGUCUAUAUUGCUUAUACACAAUGGUAUGUAAUUUGCAAGACAUUGUCUUAUUCGAACACUAUCUGAAGUUUUUUUCUGCACUCCCAAUUUGUCAGUAUCCUAUCACAUUCAUAUCGAGUGUUAUGUGUAAUCUACCUAAGACUGGAUUUCGUUUAAACGUAAAAAUCAUAUUCAUCGGAGCAAAUGGGAUGUGAGUAGAAAAGUCAACUGAUAUAAAUGUUUAAACGGUAUUUUGAAGAAAUUAUUCAAAAAUUUUUUUUGGAUUGAUUUAACAAACUCUAAUUUUAAUGUUAAUCGACUGUUUUUUUUUGUUUUAAUAGCGAAAGAUGAUACAUAACUAGUUAAAAUACAUCUGACGCCGGCUAUCUUUGAUGUUUAUAUCAUGUGAGUGAUAUUAGCAUCAAAAAUGAAAUGUGAAUGUCAGCCAGUCAACCCGGAGUGCAGGAAGGAAAUCGAAACAGAUCGGAAUGUGUUCACUGGACAAACGCAAUUGCACUGAUGGCUGGUAGUGAAGGUAUUGGCUUCGCACUUUGCGAAGUUUAAGUUUUUUAGUUUUUUGAAUCUUGUGGAUGAUCGUGACAGCCUCCUGCUCUUUGAAGUUAAGGCCACUAGUGGCUGUAUGCGAUGAAAGAAGAGAUCAUGUAUCUGUUUAGUUAUCACACGUACAUGCAUACCUAAUAUAAAUAGAAGCUAUAUGAAUAAACAAGAAAAGGAUAUUACAUUAUCUUAGGAUUAGCUUGCUUGGGAGAGUUUUCUUUACUACGUUGAACAUUUUGCGACCGAAUCGAACGGUUAUACACUUAUACACGUACGACACACCUACAGACAUGUACACGGACUCUACAUGCCGUAUAAUGUAAUAGAGGGAUUUACUACCACUAAUUUUAUUAUUUUUACACCUAUUACGAUGUAUAUCGAUUGUGCGCAGUUCGAUGUACAAUCACUAUCGUCUUCUUCUUUAGGCACAGCAUGUCUUUGGGGCCGCUGGUUCUUAGGCUGCGCCUCGAGGAACUAGCUCUAUCACGAAAGUGAUUAUUGUUUUCUUUCUUUCUUUCUUUCUUUCUUUCUUUUUAAUGUGCAAUCGGCAGGAACAAUUGUCCUGCGAUCUUAUAUAUUAACGAUGAUUCGUAAAUGAUGGUUGUAGAGAUUGAGUAUGUGAUUUAUUUUGAAAACUGUAUUCAGCGAGAUCUUUCGACAACGAGCAAUGCAUCAGAAUUAAGAGCUAUGGUCAUUUAAAAAUAUUCGAAUGAUUCAGCGCAAUAGCGGUCAAUCCCAAUAAACGGAAAUGGAUUGAAAAUUUGUAAUCCAUUUUAAUUCAUUUGAAUACAUUUUGAAUUAAAAGAAUAAUGUCGUUUCAAUUUAAUGUUCUGGAUUAAAAUGGAUUAUGUGCCCGCGAAAAUUUCUUUUGGAUUGAAAGGAUGAGAAUCGCUUCAUUUCAAUCCUGUUUCAUGAAUUGAAAUGAAUUCAAGGAAUUCUUAAACUUUGAAAUGUAUUCAAAAAAUGUAGAAUUUGGAUUCGGCAAUGACCACACGAAUCCAUUUUUAUCUAUUUCAAUCUAUUUCUAUUUGCUGGGGUAUUUGUAAAGAUUUAAGAAAAUUAAUCUUAAGAAUUUCUAUUAAGUUUCUUGAAUUUUUAAAGAAAUGUAUUGAGAUCGUUGAUGCGCUAAAUCGUUCUUUGCAUUUUCAAACUAGAUAUUGUUUAGUAAUCAAGAUACUAGUAAAGAUCGCUAAUAAAAUACAGAAUAUGUAUAUAAAUAUGAAUCUAUAUUGAAACAUGCGAUUCAAAAAUCAUAUAUAUAUAUAUAUAUAUAUAUACAUUUUCCAAAUGUGUUUUUUUAUGCGCAGCAUUGCAUGCAUUUAGUGAAAUAUUCUCAAAUAUUUAUAUAUAAAUUUAUAUAUAAGUGAAUAUUUUAAAUAUAUUGCGAAAUAUGUUGAUAUUGUAAAAAAAAUUUGAGCAAAAUACGACAUCAGCACGGUUUUAAUUUGCAUAAAAAUUUUGGGAUUAUUGACGUACGAUUUAUUUCUCUUUAUCCUUAUAGGUCUUUCCUCGAGGCGUAAAUGAGCGAAGUGGUUCGUUAAGACAAUAGUAAACAUGGUGCAGUUUAGCUUUUUCUUUUGAUAAGGGUCUAGACCAAACGCAAUUAUAUUACAUGUUGUAGCCUAAAUAAAAGAAUUUUGUAAUAAAAUUCAAUAUAUUGAAAUAA